CCCGCGCGGCUGGCGGGAAGGGGCAAGAUGGCGGAGUAGCCGCGUCCGGCGUGGCUUGCGCUCUCCUUGCCGCGUCCCUUGGCAGGAGGCGGGUGGAUCCCAGCGCCGCAGCGGGCCGCGGUGCGAGGCGGAGCGGGGGGCAGGAGGAGGAGAAGGAGGAGGGCAGCGCUCCCGCCGCCGCAGCCGCCGCCAUGCCCAACAUCAAGAUCUUCAGCGGGAGCUCGCACCAGGACCUGUCGCAGAAGAUCGCCGACCGCCUGGGCCUGGAGCUGGGCAAGGUGGUGACCAAGAAGUUCAGCAACCAGGAGACAUGUGUGGAAAUAGGAGAGAGCGUACGUGGGGAGGACGUCUACAUUGUGCAGAGUGGUUGUGGGGAAAUCAAUGACAAUCUGAUGGAGCUCCUUAUCAUGAUAAAUGCAUGCAAGAUUGCCUCAGCCAGCAGAGUCACAGCUGUCAUCCCUUGCUUCCCUUAUGCUCGGCAGGACAAAAAGGACAAGAGCCGAGCCCCGAUCUCUGCCAAGCUGGUUGCAAACAUGCUGUCUGUGGCAGGAGCAGAUCACAUAAUCACAAUGGACCUGCAUGCAUCUCAGAUUCAGGGUUUUUUUGACAUCCCUGUUGAUAACUUGUAUGCUGAACCUGCUGUACUGAAAUGGAUCAAAGAGAAUAUUCCCGAGUGGAAGAACUGCACCAUUGUUUCACCAGAUGCUGGUGGAGCCAAGAGAGUGACCUCCAUUGCAGAUCGGUUGAAUGUAGACUUCGCCCUCAUUCACAAGGAGCGCAAGAAAGCCAACGAGGUGGAUCGCAUGGUGCUGGUGGGUGAUGUGAAGGACAGGGUGGCCAUUCUGGUGGAUGAUAUGGCAGACACGUGUGGCACCAUCUGUCACGCUGCAGACAAACUCGUGUCAGCUGGAGCCACCAAAGUUUAUGCCAUCUUAACUCAUGGGAUCUUUUCUGGGCCGGCAAUCUCUCGGAUCAAUAACGCCUGUUUUGAGGCAGUGGUAGUCACAAACACGAUACCCCAGGAGGACAAGAUGAAGCAGUGCCCUAAAAUCCAGGUGAUUGACAUCUCAAUGAUCCUUGCGGAAGCCAUCAGGAGGACUCAUAAUGGGGAAUCUGUCUCCUACCUAUUCAGCCAUGUCCCUUUAUAACAACUGAUGCCA